CCUUUUUUUCUCCCCUAUUCCUCUCUCUCUCCCUCUCUCUGCUCCUCUUCUUCUUCUUCAAUCUCGUUUCUACUUCUUGCAGCGGUAUAGUCAUGGUGGAAUGGAAACAGAGGCACAGCGGCUUCAUUUCGGCCCUCGAAGAAGAGCGACGCAAGAUCCAGAUGUUCUCCCGCGAGCUCCCUCUCUGUUUGCAGCUCGUCAACGAAGCGAUUGAUAGCUUGCAGCAGCAAAUGGCGAGCGAUGAGAUUUCCGGCGAGAAGUCGUUGAUGGAGAAGGAAGCUUUUAAUUGCAAGAAGGAUUGGCUCAGAUCUGCGCAGUUAUGGAGUCCUCUAGCGGCAGAUGAAGUACCGGCUGAAGGGUGCACCUUGAGGAGGCCUAAUGCGAGGAGGGUGGGGAAAGCAUUUCAGCCAUUUGAAAGGAACAAAUUGAUGCCGGAAGUUUUGGGGCCUGCGGUUGCGGCUGAUGUUAGCUCCACCUCAGGAGGAAGACGAGAUGGCGGUGAAGGUGUGGAGAAGGAGGCGGAGGAGGGUCAGUCGCUGGUCCCUGCUCGGUCUAACAGGAAGCAGAGAAGGUGUUGGUCUCCCAGUCUGCAUCGCAAGUUCUUGAAUGCUCUUGAACAACUUGGAGGAUCCCACUCCGCGACGCCGAAGCAGAUCAGGGAGAUAAUGAUGGUCGACGGCCUUACUAACGAUGAGGUGAAGUCCCAUUUGCAGAAAUAUCGUCUACAUAUGAGGCGGCCAGUGGUUACGGUUCGAAGCAGCAAUAGCAAUAGCACUCUGAAUCAACCACAGUUCAUUUUGGUAGGCGGUAUAUGGGUACCUCCACAGGAAUUUGCGAUUAAAUCUGCUGCUGGUACAACACAGCCAGCUGAUGGUGGCAGUGCUGCCUUGAAUGGAUUAUACUCUCCUGUUGCAUCUCUGCCUGUUGAAUUUGGUUUGGAAGAAGAGCGACCAAAUAAGAAGCAACAAACAAACAAGCUCCCUGUCAUGUCAUCGAAUUCAGAGCAAAGGUGUAGCCAAGAUGAUGACAGUCUUGUAGAUGAUGCUGCUACCUUAUCCAAUUCUUCUAGCACAUCUUUCGUAUCGCUUAACGCAUCAGUUCCACAUCCUCUGUGAGCUACUUGAAGGCAGAGUAUGAUCUUAUGUUUUCUGCCUGUGAGGGGAGGUUGCCCAACAUUUUUGUUUUUUGUUUGUUUUUUUUUUUCCCCUAUAACUAGAGUUAUAAAUAUACCUGUGUUUAUGCUUGCAUGUUCCACCAAACCUAUUUCAGAUUAAAUAAAGUCAGAUUUAGAAUUUUAA